ACCCUCAGUGACAAAAUCAAGCUUCUGACUGGAUUGGGAUGGUGGCACACGGAAGCGAUUCCACAUGCAAACGUACCGUCAAUGAGGAUGAGUGACGGUAGGGGCCCAUGUUUGUAUUCCGUGUAUCGAGACCGACCGAGCGAUACUGUUCCUUAGGUCCCAAUGGUGUUCGUGGCACUCAGUUCUUCAAUGGUGUGCCAUCGAGUUGCUUUCCCUCGUCCACCGGUCUUGCAUCAUCCUUUGAUCUGGAGCUUGCGUACAAGAUCGGCGAGGCGCUUGGAGACGAGUGUCGUGCCAAAAGCUGUCACAUCCUCCUUGGACCAACCGUUAACACCCAACGUUCACCGCUUGGUGGAAGGGGUUUCGAAUCAUUUUCCGAAGACGCUGUCUUGAAUGGGGAAAUCGCUGCUGCCUAUAUAAAUGGUUUACAGUCGAAAGGCGUCAGUGCUACAAUCAAGCACUAUGUUGCCAAUGAUCAAGAGCAUGAGAGAUUUUCUGUGAGCAGCGAAUUAAGUGAGCGAGCUCUCCGAGAGAUCUAUCUCAAACCUUUUCAAAUCGCGAUUCGAAAGUCCGAUCCAUGGGCCCUUAUGUCAUCAUACAACCGCGUCAAUGGUCUUCACGUUUCUGAAGACAAACGUCUUCUAGACGACAUACUAAGGAAGGAAUGGGGAUACAAAGGUAUGGGAUUGAUUAUGAGCGACUGGACUGGUGUUUAUAGUACCGCUGAAAGCAUCAAGGCAGGAGUUGAUUUAGAAAUGCCUGGACCAAGUGUCGUUCGCGGCCCAGCGGUCCUUCGCGCGAUUCAAGCGGGAAAACUUUGUACCGACGAUGUCGAUGAUCGGGCGCGAAAGGUCCUCGAACUCCUCGGCAAGGCUCACGAAUCUGGCAUCCCUUUCAAUGGCCCCGAAGAAGGUGUUGAUACGCCUGAACUACGCCAACUUCUGCGACGAGCCGCAGCCGAUUCGGUGGUGCUCUUGAAGAAUAACGCUGGUCUCCUUCCUUUGAGUGCUCCAACAUCCAUCGCGGUGAUAGGCCCUAACGCAAAAAAGGCUAUGGCUUCUGGAGGCGGUUCCGCUCAGCUGUUGUCCACCUAUACUAUCAGUCCCCUCCAAGGUAUCACUGAAGCUGUGAAAGCCAUUAACUCGCAGGUCAAUUACGCAGUCGGCGCCACAUCUCACAAAUUCCUGCCUUUGUUGGAUGCAUUGAUCAAACAGCAGGACGGCACAUCUAGGGCUCUCUUAGAAUUCUGGAAUGAACCCCCCUCAUCGGAUUUCAUAUCGCCUCAUGCCGACUUGAGCUUGUCGCCCAAGCAAUCCGUAUGGGACACAAAAACUUCGACUUCGAAUUGUAUCUUACUCGAUGGGGUGAACGCAGAGAAAGUCAGCCCAAGCUGCUGGACUCGAUACUCGACGACGUUCGUUCCGGACGAAUCCGGCGACUGGGAAUUUGGCAUGAGCGUUGCUGGAAUCGGAAAUAUGUUCAUUGACAAGAAAAUGGUGAUCGACCAGAGCACUAACACUAAGUAUUUAGAGUCCUACUUUGGCGCGGGAUCGACAGAAGUUAGGGCCAUCGUUCAAGGAAUGAAGACGGGCCAAGAGUACGAGCUUGAAGUCCGUCUAAGCAAUGCCGAAUUCAUAUCGAGGGGACCCCCGUUCCCUUCUUGGGGCGGCUUCCGGUUGGGUGGUAUUCGUGUUAUUGAAGGACAAGAGGCGAUCCAGGAAGCUGAGGCUUUAGCCAAGACUUCGGAUGUUGUCAUUCUUGUCAUCGGUCUUAAUCAUGACUGGGAAAGCGAAGGUUUCGACCGAGAUGACAUGAAAUUACCCGGAUUGACGAACGAUCUGGUCUUCAAAGUUCUUCAAGCAAAUCCGAGAACUGUUGUGGUGAAUCAAUCAGGGACACCCGUAGAGAUGCCUUGGAUUGAUGAGGCCGACACCGUGCUUCAGGCCUUCUAUGGGGGCAAUGAGCUGGGCAACGGCCUAGCAGACGUGCUGUUUGGCAAAGUCAACCCCUCAGCCAAAUUAGCACUUACAGUCCCUAAACGUCUUGAGGAUAAUCCAUCUUAUCCGUCGUUCGGCAAAAAGUGCCAGGAAUACGGGAAAGUCUUGUACAACGAGGGCAUCUUUGUCGGUUACCGAGGAUAUGAGAUCAAGAACGCCGUGCCUCUUUUCCCGUUCGGCUUCGGCCUAUCGUACUCCAAGUUCGACUAUUCUGAUCUGAGUUGUUCCGAGAUUUCCUCCGACGGGAAAUUCAGCGUACGGUUCAAGAUCACGAACUCUAGUGGCAUUGAAGGACGGGAGGUCGCGCAGAUAUACAUCUCUGAUGUGGAAAGUUCUUUGCCUCGUCCAGUGAAGGAGCUCAAGGGCUUUGUCAAGGAGACUUUGAAAGCAGGAGAAACAAAGGUUAUAACAGUUUUCCUCGACAGAGAUGCAUUGGGUUAUUAUGACGAGCGAAAAUCUAGCUGGAUAGCUGAGAAGGGCGAAUUUGUUGUGCUUGUGGGGGCAUCAUCCGCAGACGUGAGGAUGAAACGAAGUAUCGAACUGAAGAGCACGUUUAGCUGGGUAGGUCUGUAAAAUGUAUUCCCUAUGAGUUUUGGUAUGUAACUGUCUGUACUUCAAAAUUUGACGAGUCACCCG